GCGUUGGCAGUAAAUUUGGAAUACAGUCUCAAUAUCACUUAUUAUAUGGAAAUGGAAAACAACUGUAAUAAUGAGAAACCGCCCGCGAGACUGAUUGAAAAUUGAAACAAACCGCGGCAAAAUAUCGAUGUCGGACAUGACAUCAAAUCGAAAUCUCGAUGAAUGUCACGUGACGUCAGGCAGUCGAACAGUGAACUUCUCCCGUCCUUGACGUCUCGAAAAGGUGAAGCGUCUGUUCGCAAAUAAUGUCUGACCCGCGUAUAAGAACGCUCAAGAUUAAGACAGGAGUAGUGAAGCGUCUUGCGAAAGAAAAGGUCACAUACGAAAAGGAGGCGGCGCAGCAGCGCGAGAGGAUACAAAAGUUGAAAGAGCAAGAUAAAGAUGGUUAUGACAUAAAGAAGCAAGAGGAGGUGCUUCAAGAAUCCCUUAUGAUGGUACCAGACUGUCAGAGGCGUCUCGUUAAAGCAUUUGAAGAACUCAAGAAGAUCCUGGAAACUGAGCAAGAUUUAAAAGAAGUCGAAGAUUACAUUGAGGCUGAAAAAGUAUUACAGGAAGCAGAAGAACAAUUGCCAAAAGAAGGGGAUAUUUUGCAGAUGUGUUAAAAAAAAAGUGCUCUUUAAUGACUUUCGCUGAAUUAUUUUC